AUGGCAACAAACCGCUUGACAUUCCUGUACCCACACCUCUGCCGCGCCGGCGGGCGCUUGUCCGAGCCAACAGCAUCGCAAGCCCUCCGAAACUCUCGCCGCAACCCCUCAGUAAGGCCGCAGUCAUGCCAACAUGCCACUCCAUUUACGACAGCUUCGGCGAGAAGGCAGCCUGCUUUUGCGAAGCGCGCUGGGAAGGGCAUAGAGCCUUUACAGGUCGAGACACCCGCACAACUGCCGAACAACGAAGGGGAGGCACCCGGAAAGAAGCCGGACAGGAAACCGGACGGGAAGCUGCUUGAGGGGAGGCCGGACGGGAAGGCGGGAGGAAAAACGCAAGAGGGGGGCCCCAAAGGGCAAAUAAAAGGGCAAAAUACGGGGGAACAAACACCGCAUAGUAAACCCACACCGCAGCCGACAGAACCACCACCAUCUCGCGGGUCCCCCACCUCGUCACACUCCCCGUCUGCCGAGUCGGGCCAGAAAACGACCUCCCCUUCCCAGCCCGACCUUCCAAAGACAAUCGAGCUACCCCCACCAGGCGACAUCGACCCUAUCACCCAAGCCAAGAAAGGCAGCCCCAUGGAUGAGAUACUACACAUGGGCCCUCCACCGGACUCCUUACCCGGUCCACCCCCUAACACCAUCGCCUCCGAACAGCCCAGCAACCCAACCCCUCAACCCGCCACCGACACCGGCCGCAACGACACGAGCACCAAGCCCCCCCACCUAGUCCCGACCGCCUACAUCCACCACUUCGACUCAUACACGCUGGUCAAGCAGCUCACCACAGGGGGAUACACGUUGCCGCAGGCGAUCCUGUCGAUGAAGGCGAUCCGCAAGCUGCUCGCGUCGAACCUGGACGUGGCGCAGUCCGGGCUGGUGUCUAAGGCGGACGUGGAGAACGAGACGUACCUGUUCCGCGCCGCGUGCAGCGAGCUGGGCGCCGAGGUGCACAACAACCGCCGCGUGGCCGACGAGCAGCUGCGCCAGCAGCGCACCCUGCUGCAGCACGAGGUCGACAUCCUUGCCCAGCGCCUCAACCAGGAGCUGCUCACCCUGACGGACAGCGUCCGCGGCAUGUUUAACGACCGCCGCAUGGCCGUGCGCGAGGAGCAGAAGUCGCUCGAGAGUAGGAUACAACAAAUCAACUACAAGAUCAGCGUGACGCUCAACAGCGACGCCAAGUCGGACAUCGAGGGGCUGCGGUGGGUGCUGAUCCGGCGGUCGGUGCUGGGCAUCAUCUUCAUGGCCGUGCUCACGCUGGGCACCAUCCGGUACACGACCUACAUCAGCCACCAGCGGCAGAAGGAGGCCGACCAGCAGGCGAAGGAGGCCGAGGAGAUCAAGAAGAACAACGGCCGGUCCGACUACUCGCCGGGGCCGGACGCGGCUGAGAUUCUGGCGGCGAACUGA